AUGUUGAGAAAGGGGGAAUGGGUUUGGGUGGACUCGAGCAUAGGGGUGCCCAUCGGAGCAAGGGUCAAAGUAACACCGUCGGGUCAGCGGUUGCUGGUGGACGAUGAGGGAAAGGAGCGCAGGUUGUCACCGGAGCAGGAAGCCUCCCUCAAGAUCAUGCACCCUACAUCGGUGGAGGGGGUGGACGACAUGAUCAAACUCGGGGACAUGACGGAGGCCGGUCUCCUCAGGAACCUCCUGCUCAGACACAGACAAGGCAUCAUCUAUUCCUUCACGGGCUCGGUGCUGGUGGCCGUGAAUCCAUACAAAGAUUUUCCAUUAUACACAGAAGAGCAGGUGAGGUUAUACCAUAAGCGAAAACUGGGAGAGCUCCCGCCUCACAUCUUUUCCAUCGCUGAGGCCUGUUACUUUAACAUGACUCGCCAUCAAACAAACCAGUGCUGCAUCAUCAGUGGGGAGUCUGGAGCAGGGAAGACCGAGAGCACUAAACUGAUCCUGCAGUACCUGGCAGCCGUCAGCGGUGAGCUCUCUGAGCAGCGGAUUGAGAAGCAGAUCCUGGAGUCCAACCCGAUUCUAGAAGCUUUUGGAAACGCUAAAACGAUCCGCAAUGACAACUCCAGCCGCUUUGGGAAAUAUUUGGAAAUCUUCUUCAACAAGGAUGGAGUGAUUGAGGGUGCACGCGUGGAGCAGUAUCUUCUGGAAAAGUCUCGUGUCUGUCAUCAGGCUCUGGAGGAGCGAAAUUACCACAUAUUUUACUGCCUGCUGGCAGGAAUCUCAGCAGAGGAGAAAAAACACCUGAGCCUUGGGAAUGCCAAGGAAUACAAAUUCCUUACCAAGGGCAACUGCAUUGCUUGUGGAGGACGAGACGAUGCCAAAGACUACAGUCGUAUUAAUUCCGCCCUAAAAACGCUGAAUUUCUCAGAAAAAGACUGUCACGAAAUCUUCAAGCUCCUGGCGGCCGUACUACACCUGGGAAACGUCUGCUUUGAGGCCAACACUCAAAAUAACCUGGAAACCAGUGAAGUCAGAAAAUCGGAACAUUUCAAUGUGGCGGCAUCACUACUGGAGGUGGAGAAGCCCACCCUGGCGACCAAUCUGACUCAUCGAUCCUUUAAGACCAACCGAGAAAUGGUGACUAAACCUCUGAGCUGUGAACAGGCAGCUGACUGCAGAGACGCCUUUGUGAAGGCGAUCUACAAUAAGCUGUUCAUAUGGAUUGUUAAGAAAAUCAACAGUGUCAUCUACAAGAAGCUGACCAGCAACUCCAAAUCAGCCUACCUGUCCGUCGGCCUGCUUGACAUCUUUGGCUUCGAGAACUUCAACACUAACAGUUUUGAGCAGCUUUGCAUUAACUUUGCCAACGAGAAGCUGCAGCAGUUCUUCGUGGCCCACAUCUUCAAACUCGAGCAAAAGGAGUACCUGAAGCAGGGCGUCGUGUGGGAUAACAUCAACUUUAGCGACAAUCAGAAGAUUCUCGACCUUCUAGCUGGAAUACAAUGUAAUGUGCUGGCUCUCGUUGAUGAAGAGAGCCACUUUCCAAAGGGUACAGACGCUACGAUGCUAGAGAAGUUGAACCAGCACCACAAAGGAAACAAGAACUACAUCGCCUCCAGGAGUGAACGCGACACAAACUUUGGGAUAUUCCACUUCGCUGGCCUGGUUCAGUACGACUCCAAUGGUUUCUUGGAAAAGAACAGGGAUGCUGUCAGUUCUGACAUCAUUAAGAUGCUUGACAUGUCUGCCAAUAAGCUACUGCGUGACAUAUUUGAGUCUGAACUGUCAACCAAUGGGAUUAAGGCUGUUAAAAAUAAGAAGUUCAUCAUGACCCCAAGCAACUCUCUGCGGGGACCGGCUGACACUCGCAAACAAGUGCCGACGCUUAGUGGCCAAUUCCGGCAGUCUCUGGACUCCCUAAUGAAGGCUCUGUCUGCCUGCCAGCCUUUCUUCAUCCGCUGUUUCAAACCCAACAACGACAAGCAAUCUGAGGUGUUUGACAGAGAGCUGUGUAUGCGUCAGCUGAGAUACUCCGGCAUGAUCGACACCAUCCGUAUUCGGAAGCUGGGAUUUCCCAUUCGACACACAUUCGACGACUUCUUAAAGCGCUACAGGGUGCUUCUGAAGACGACCGUCUGCAACCCCAAUACCAAAAUGAAUCCACAUUAAUGUGAAUCCACAUUAAUGUGGAUUCAUUUUUGGAAUAUGAUUAAAGAUUGAAGUUUUCUUCAAUAUCAGAAAGUCUUUUUAAAAAAAUUCUCUUUAUUUCAGGAUGCCCACGAUUCUAUUCUUGAAAAGCGGCGGGAACAAGAGCUCAGCAGGGUAGCUGUGGUGAUCCAGAGAGUCAUGCUUGGACAGAGAGACAGAAAGUCUUUUCUGAGGAAGCGUUCGGCAGCCGUGGUGCUACAGCGGUCCUGGAGAGCCUACAUGAAAACAAAGGUUCAGCGCGGCUUUGAGCGGCUGGCAGCACUAAUCCGUAGCCGGAAACUCCAGGCAAAGUACCAAAAGCAGCGAGAAGCAGCAGUCGUCAUACAAGCACAGGUACGAGGCUAUGUGGCGAGGAAGGACUUGAAGAAAAAGAGAGAGGCAGUCACACGGCUGCAGGCGCAAAGGCGAGGAGUGCUGGCCAGAAGGAAAGUUGAGUCCAUGAUCAACACGGCUUUCGUUUUAAAACAGCUGGAGGAGGUCUCACAGAUACUGGACAAUGAAACCAAGUCAGAGUCAGAGCGCCAUUCAGACGACGAAGAUCUUCCCGUCACGCCUUCACUCAAUGUAGCAGACGAAGAAAGCUCAGAAUCUGAGACGAGUCACAGCAGUCCAGAGCCUGUAAAGAUAAUCUCUGAGUUCUUGGAGCCAGAGUUGAUAGUCACCCCACCAUCAAACUCGAUAACCCCGACCCCUUCGGUGGAUGAAGAUGAGGAGGAGGAGGAGACCGAUGACUUUGAGGACGACAGUGAAGAGUUUUCAUUCUACAGGUUCAGCCGGCGUUACUUCCAGGACAACGCCAGCCACACGCACAUACCCUACCGACUCAAGAAGUCUCUUCUGCAUCUCGACGAUGAGGGUGACACACUGGCAUGUCUGACUAUAUGGUGGAUCAUUUUGCGCUUCAUGGGGGAUAUACCAGAACCCAAAUCCUCAGAUGCCAUAUCAGUGGCAUCAAGCAACACGCCCCAGGCUCCACCCAGCAGGCAGGGCAGGAGGCUGAGCAACUUGGUGGGACUGGACCAGAAAAUACUGAGGAAGAACAAGAAAAAGUUUGACAGAAGAGCCUCUUCUAUCGCCGAGGAGCCAGAAAACUUGACAGAAGAAGAGGAUGUUAUGAUUGGAGAGGGUACCACGCUGCAAAGGCCACUUUCAGACUUGGAAAAAAUUCACAUCAUCAUCGGCUAUGCUCUGUCAAAACACGGCAUAUGGGAUGAGAUCUAUUGUCAGAUCUGUAAACAGCUGUUGAAAAACAAUGACAGGAGGAGUCGUAUGCAAGGGUGGAUUCUCCUCUCCAUCUGUCUGGGGAUUUUCCCUCCAACAGACCUCUUUAGGAAGUAUUUAGAGAACUUUCUCCGCAGAGGGCCAAAUGAUUACAGGGGGUAUUGCAUUGAGCGCCUGAAACGUAUCGUAGCCAAUGGACCAAGAAAAGAGUUGCCCUGCUGGAUAGAGCUACAGGCUGCCAGGACCAGGAAACCCAUUGAUACGACUGUGGCAAUACAGGAUGGUCGAAAUAUUGAAAUACAACUGAACUCGUCCUCCACAUCUGAGGAAGUCUGCCAAGAUGUGGCCAAUGACAUCGGUCUCAAAGACACCUACGGAUUCUCCCUGUACAUUAGGCUCUAUGACAAGAUGUGGUCUCUGGGGAACUCUGGGGAACACGUGCUAGAUGCAAUAUCUCAGUGUGAGGAAGAGAUGAGGAGGCAAGGCAGACUGGAGAAGGAUACCCCAUGGUCGCUGUCCCUCCGCAAGGAACUGUUCACACCCUGGCACGAAAGUAAACUAGAUGAAGUCAGCACAGAUCUUAUCUACAGGCAGAUCAUCAAAGGAAUCAAGGCAGGAGAGUACGUUGCUGAUAAGGAUGAUGAUUAUAUCCAGCUGGCAAUAAUGCACUAUUACAUCAAGUUUGGCUCCGAGUAUAGCGUUGAGAACGUCACCAAAGUGGUUAAUGAGUGCAUCACCACCCAGCUUAUUGAAAGCAAGUCUAGAACAACAUGGACCCAGUUCAUCAGCUCAGCACACAAAGAGGGUCCUUAUGUCAGUGGGAGGCAAAACUCGGAUGAGGUAAAAGGAGAACUGGUGGACAUCGCACGCAAGAAGUGGGCAAUCCACUUUUCAAAGUUUUUUGAAGUCACAAUGAUGUCAGGACCACCUUUGCCCAAAAGCAGAUUUAUUGUGGCUGUAAACUGGACUGGCAUCUUCUUCAUGGACGAUAGAAAUAGGCAACUUCAUGAAAUUCCUUACAUAGCAGUUAAGAAAGUCCAGGAGAAGAGUGACAGUGCCCAGACCAUUAGCUUGAGCACGAUCACAGGAGAGUAUGUCCUGAAGUCUCCUGAAGCUGACAAAAUUGUAACACUGAUAGAGAACAAUGUGGAAGGGCUGAGACAGCGCUCAGUGUUUGCAACCGCUCAGCAGGACUCUAGCAAAUCAGAUGACCCGCUGUUUCUGGUUUGUAAGCGAGGUGACCUCCUGCAAGUAGACAAAGAAAAAAGUGCCCCUAAUGAGAGCUGUUUCAUCGCCACCAACAAGCGCACUGGCAGCUCUGGUGCAGUCUAUAAGAAAAUAUUGCUGUUCCUGCCAACUGUUACCGAGCCCACUAGUGAAAUGCUGGAACAACUCAAUCCAAAGCAGGAUAAGAGGAAAGUUUCACUAGCUCUUAACCCCGUUCAAGGAGAAGAAACAGUGGCCCCUGUCUCUUUGAAAGAGUUUGCCCUUGAGAAUUUCAGAUCUGUGAGUGGCGGUCGGCAAGGACACAAAGGAGGCAGCAGGGAGAAACUGUGGAUCGUUUCCAGAGAGCCUCUCAAGCAACCACUCCUCAAGGUGCUGGUCAACAACUCUGAGCUCAGCAACCUGGCCUGCAGUGCCUUCACUGCCAUCCUGAAGUACAUGGGCGACUACCCCAUCAAACAUGUCCGCAGUCCCGUAGAGUUGACCGACCAGAUCUUUGGUCCAGCCACAAAGCAUGAAGAACUGCGCGAUGAAAUUUACUGCCAGAUCAUGAGACAGAUGACCACCAACAGCAACAGUUUGAGUAUAGAGCGUGGGUGGCAGCUGAUGUGGCUGUGUUCAGGCUUGUUCCCGCCCAGCUGGGAUUUAUUGAAACACACACGGUGCUUCCUGGAGUCGCGGCCCAGAUACCCACUGGCUGCUCUUUGCCUGGAGAGGCUGCAGGAGAUCUGCAGUAAGAAGCCCAGGAAUCUUCCUCCCCAUUUUAUAGAAGUGGACGCUAUCCAACAGAACAGCCCUAAGAUCUUCCAGAAAGUCCACUUCCCAGAUGAAUCAACUGAUAUAGUCGAGGUGACAUCAACAACCACAAUUGGAGACAUGCGCAUCAGCAUCGCCUCUCAGCUCAUUCUGAACUCACCUGAAGGAUACGGCCUGUACCUGAAAACGCUAACCAAGACGGUGAGCAUGGAAGAGGAUAAAUAUUUCUUUGACAGUCUAAAGAUAACCUCAGACGUCCCCAAAAAAAAGAAAAAGGGGAAAGAAGUCACUCAGACCAAUUUACCUUCCUUGGUACUCUUUAAGAGGAAGCUCUGGUUCAAUGUGAACCCGGGGAAAGAUGUGAAAGCAGAUCUCACUUUCCAUUUUCCACAGGAACGAUCGAGGUACCUGCGGGGAUACCACGACUGCACCAAAGAAGACAUGAUUACCCUGGGUGGGCUCCUAUUCAGAGUUAAAGUAGAGUCAGACAUGUCACAGUUCGUCAUGAUCCCCAAAAUGCUGAAGGACCUGGUUCCUGCUGACCAGCAAAAAAUCAUGUCCCCGGAUGAAUGGAAGAAGCACAUCAUCUCCUCAUACAAGCAGCAGAGUGGCAUCACAGUGGACGAAGCCAAAAUCGACUUCCUAAAAAUCAUUUCAAGUUGGCCAACCUUUGGCUGUACCUUCUUUGAAGUUAAACAAACAUGUGAAUCUAGCUACCCAGCUACACUUCUGAUCGGCAUCAAUAAGCAAGGGGUUUGCUUAAUAGACCCAGAAACAAAGGACACACUGAUAAUGCACGAGUUCAGCCGCAUCACAGAAUAUUUCAGCAAAGGCAACUCCUUCCAGAUGACCAUCGGCACCAUGUUCAGGGGCGUCACCUUUGUCUGUGAAACCCCACAUGCCCACACGAUCGAAGACCUCCUCAGAUCCUACGUCAGCAUGUAUGAAAAGGCAAGGCAGGCCCCCCUUAAUCACAGGAAGAGCAUACCUCUACCCAUCCUGAAGUACAUGGGCGACUACCCCAUCAAACAUGUCCGCAGUCCCGUAGAGUUGACCGACCAGAUCUUUGGUCCAGCCACAAAGCAUGAAGAACUGCGCGAUGAAAUUUACUGCCAGAUCAUGAGACAGAUGACCACCAACAGCAACAGUUUGAGUAUAGAGCGUGGGUGGCAGCUGAUGUGGCUGUGUUCAGGCUUGUUCCCGCCCAGCUGGGAUUUAUUGAAACACACACGGUGCUUCCUGGAGUCGCGGCCCAGAUACCCACUGGCUGCUCUUUGCCUGGAGAGGCUGCAGGAGAUCUGCAGUAAGAAGCCCAGGAAUCUUCCUCCCCAUUUUAUAGAAGUGGACGCUAUCCAACAGAACAGCCCUAAGAUCUUCCAGAAAGUCCACUUCCCAGAUGAAUCAACUGAUAUAGUCGAGGUGACAUCAACAACCACAAUUGGAGACAUGCGCAUCAGCAUCGCCUCUCAGCUCAUUCUGAACUCACCUGAAGGAUACGGCCUGUACCUGAAAACGCUAACCAAGACGGUGAGCAUGGAAGAGGAUAAAUAUUUCUUUGACAGUCUAAAGAUAACCUCAGACGUCCCCAAAAAAAAGAAAAAGGGGAAAGAAGUCACUCAGACCAAUUUACCUUCCUUGGUACUCUUUAAGAGGAAGCUCUGGUUCAAUGUGAACCCGGGGAAAGAUGUGAAAGCAGAUCUCACUUUCCAUUUUCCACAGGAACGAUCGAGGUACCUGCGGGGAUACCACGACUGCACCAAAGAAGACAUGAUUACCCUGGGUGGGCUCCUAUUCAGAGUUAAAGUAGAGUCAGACAUGUCACAGUUCGUCAUGAUCCCCAAAAUGCUGAAGGACCUGGUUCCUGCUGACCAGCAAAAAAUCAUGUCCCCGGAUGAAUGGAAGAAGCACAUCAUCUCCUCAUACAAGCAGCAGAGUGGCAUCACAGUGGACGAAGCCAAAAUCGACUUCCUAAAAAUCAUUUCAAGUUGGCCAACCUUUGGCUGUACCUUCUUUGAAGUUAAACAAACAUGUGAAUCUAGCUACCCAGCUACACUUCUGAUCGGCAUCAAUAAGCAAGGGGUUUGCUUAAUAGACCCAGAAACAAAGGACACACUGAUAAUGCACGAGUUCAGCCGCAUCACAGAAUAUUUCAGCAAAGGCAACUCCUUCCAGAUGACCAUCGGCACCAUGUUCAGGGGCGUCACCUUUGUCUGUGAAACCCCACAUGCCCACACGAUCGAAGACCUCCUCAGAUCCUACGUCAGCAUGUAUGAAAAGGCAAGGCAGGCCCCCCUUAAUCACAGGAAGAGCAUAUUUUCUUAAGGUUUCACUGGCGAAAGUAUAGACUUAACCUUUGUGGAUUAUAUGUACGCCUGCCAAAUGUCUCUAUAGGAAUGUAUUUGUAUCCUUAAAAAUACAAACUCAUCAAUUUGUACAUUUAGAUUUUAGCAUUUACAAUUCUUUCUAAUGAACAAGCAUUCAAACUGUAAUAUUUCCGUUGUUAUUGCCUUAAAUGCAGUAAAAUUCUGUUUUCUGAAGAAACGGUUGCAUGUCCACGACUUCCUCUGACCUUUAUGUAACUGUCACGGCAUUAAACUAUUACGUCCAACUGUGUCCUUA